AUGGUACCAUUUACUCUGUUUGUGUUAGGGUUUAUGUCUCUCUCCGGAAUCGCAUUCCUUGUUAGACACGCUUCUUGGAGGUUUAUCUAUCUCUGCACAUCUGUUCCAGCAGCUAUCCACAGUGUUUUCAUCUACUUCUUCGCUUUAGAGUCUCCACGUUGGCUUCAUGUGCAAGGAAACAACAAAGAAGCUAUUGAAGUGCUCAAAAGAAUCUCACCUGGAAAGAGAGGUUACUUGGAGAAAGUAUCGUCUAGGUUACCUUCAAAGGAAACCUUAGAGCAAUCUCCAAGCAGCUCAAUCAUGGACUUGUUCAUCAGAAGAUGGGCUUUUCGAAGAAUCAUAGUUAUUAUGAUCAUAAUGUUCGGUUUGGGAAUGAUGUAUUACGGAGUUCCAUUAGCGGUUAGAGACAUAAAAGUGAACAUCUAUUUAAGUGAAGCUUUAAACGCAAUGGUGGAGUUACCUACCUUUGUUAUCACACCAAUCUUGCUGGAGAAGUUCAAUAGAAGAAGCUCUGUGCUUGUGAACUGCUUGGUCGGGGGAGCAUUAGGAGUGUUCUGUUUCGUCUUGACCACGUUAGGGCGAACGAACAUUGCUUUUGUCUUUGAGCUUUGUUCUUUCUUCUGCGCUAGGAUCGGGUUUAACCUUAUGGCGGUUUAUAUGAUUGAGAUGUUUCCAACGUGCGUGAGGAACUUUGCAACUACGAUGCUUAGACAAGCGCUUGUAAUAGGAGGAGCUUGUUGUCCGAUCAUUGCUUCGGUUGGAAGAAAUGUUCCGUCCAUCUCUUUUGCGGUUUCGGGUCUUGGGUUUUUUGCUUUGCUUCUUCCUGAGACUAAAGGGGCAGGUCUUUGUGAUACAAUGGAUGAACAAGAGCAGAGUGACCAAGCCAUGAAGAGUAGCCAUGUUAGUUGCUAA